UCUGUAUUGAUCCGUUCGAAGCGCUUUUCGUUUCGUUUCGUUUCCGUUUUCUUCAUUUGUAUCAAUUCAUUUGCUUUUAGUUUUCAUUUCCGUUUUCACUUUCUUUUUCGGAUGCGUUUUUCACUCUCUCUUUCUCUCUCUCUCCCUCCGAAAACCAAACCCUAAGAUUAGAAGAACAAUAAGAGGCACGAACGAUGCUUGGCGAAUAGAUCGUGAUCUGGUGCGGGCGCGAUCAGAGAAGGAACGGUGCGUUCUCAUUGCAAUGGCGAAGGAAUUGUUCGGUAAUUGAUUGGGGGGAUCGCUAUUAUGUCUGAAUUGGUGGCGCGUACGGGGCGGCAUCAGCAGCGCUACGAGAACGGUUAUCGGCUUGUUGCUGGGUGUGUUCCAUUUAGAUAUAAAAGUUCUAAUGGUGACUCCGGUUCCGAGAAGAUUGUUCAAGUGCUUAUGAUUAAUUCACCAAGUGGACCUGGGCUUUUGUUUCCAAAGGGAGGUUGGGAGAAUGACGAAACUGUUGAGGAGGCAGCUGCAAGGGAAGCUGUAGAAGAAGCAGGAGUUCGAGGAGACCUAAUGGAUUUUCUUGGAUAUUAUGAGUUUAGGAGUAAGACCCAUCAAGAUGAGUUUAGUCCAGAAGGUUUAUGUAGAGCAGCAAUGUUUGCCUUGUUUGUGAAGGAGGAACUGGAGUUUUGGCCUGAGCAAAGCACCAGAAAUCGGAGUUGGCUAGAUGUAUCGGAGGCACUUGAAACCCUCCGCCAUGCAUGGAUGAGGGAUGCCCUGGAAGGCUUCUGUAAAUGGCACGAGGAUAAGUUGAAUGAAACGACAGGAUGAGAUGAAUUCGCUUAUACGGCAUUUGAUGGAUUGCAUCAUUGUGAUAAUAACAUUUUCUCUUGGGGUAUCAUUACUUUAGGACAGAUAACUCUAAAUCAGAAUCGCAUAGCUAUAAUUUCGGGUAUGUGGAUUGAUCUCUGAUUCUUUUAUUUCAGAGAUUCAUAAAAUUGGAUUUUAGUUGAUACUUGAGAUGCUUGUUCGCCUUGAUUUGAUUCUUUUACCUUUGCUCA